GACCUUUUGUUCAACACAAAAACUGUCAGUUUAAUCGAAUUCGUAGGGCGCGGAACGGAGGCGGCGAAAAUCCACAGCUCUUCGACGACCGACAAAGAUAAAGAAUCGGGAGUUCACUGGAAGGUCGAAGAAACAUUGCUGUUAGGGUAACAGGAAGAGAUUUUUGUUGAUUGUUGGAGGAAAUUUUCACAAUUAGGGUUUUAGGGUUUCUGGAAUAUCAUGUCAACCGGCAAGCUGAAGGAUGGGGACCGUCGGCUGGUGAUUCCGAUGCCCCCCAAACCGAAAUCUGAUACCCAGUUGGCGACAACCGAGACGAACGCGCUUGUGGCAUAUACGCCGCCGGUGAAGGAGGAGGAUGAGGAUUUGGAGGUCAAGCUCCGAAGAAUCAUCGAUAAUGUUCCUGUUCGUGUCAGCAACACGUCUGGAAGCUCUGCUGGUUCUGGUUCCGGUGAUUUUCACCAGUAUAGGCAAAUGAGGCGAAAAGAACAAGACAGACUUGCUAGAAUGGACGUUGAUUAUCAGAAAAAGAAAGAAAUAGCCGAAUUCAAUAUGCGAAGGGAAGAACGGUUGAAAGCUGCCGAGGAACGCACUUCAAAGAAGCGACUAAAGCGUCAAAAGAAAAAGCAAAGAAGAAAAGAAAAGAAGAGCAAGUUGAAUUCAGGCGGAGGAGAUGAGAAUCAGAAAGACGCAUCCUCUGGCGAUGAAGGGGAUACCGAUAAUGGCGAGGAUGAAGCAACAUGACUCGUUAUUCUCCACCCGGAAUCGAAGUUUGAACUCUUAGCCUCGAGCUUUCAGACGAGCCAUCUAACCAGAGACAGCUACCAGUACCUGGAAUCUGGCUUUUGUGUUUUUAUUGCAGGUGGGAUUGGAAGAAUGUUGCAUUUGAAUGAAUACACAAUUCUCCCAUCUUCCCACAGGACCUCUAUCUUUCUCUCAAUUGCAUGGCGCUGAAAUGUGUUAGCAGAAUAUCUAUAACAUUAUUACAUGUAGAACAGAUUGACAUAAUAUUAGUCGAGUCCGAGGGAUACUCAUGAUUGUGUUAUAAUGAUUCGUUGCUUAUGAUAUA